GAAGAUAAACACAGAACAAAGCACUCGGUUUGCAUCUUCUCUCCUCUGCGUCUUUGCAGCUUCUAAAAUUUUCUAUUCAGCAGAGUUGGUACAUGGGUUUGCUUCAAGAUUCAUGAAAGCCAGAUAUGGGUGAACAAAGACAAAACCAAAACUCACCACAAUCAUCACCCUUUGACAAAACCAAUCUUAGGCAAGCCAUUGAAUUCGUUUCUUCUUUGAUCACUCUUUCUCAUUCUGUCAAAGUCUUUUCGGUCAAAUGGAAGCUCAUUCGGAACAAGUUAGAAGAGCUCAAUUCAGGCUUUAUAGCCGUUGAGAAUUGUGGUUCUUGUGAAAACUCUGCUCUUUCAAAGUUGAUUUCUGAAAUAUUGGUCACUGUUGAAGAUUGUUGUGAUCUUGCAAGAAGAUGCCUGGAUCUUUCUUACAGUGGGAAGCUUUUGAUGCAGAGUGAUUUGGAUGUUAUCUCCACAAAGUUUGAUCAACAUGUAAAGAAUUUAUCUGGGAUUUACUCGGCUGGUGUUUUGACUCAUGGUUUCGCAAUUAUUGUUUCAAGGCCGAGUCUUAAUGCUUGCAAAGAUGAUGUGGGGUUCUACAUAAGAGACUUGGUGACAAGAUUGAAGAUUGGAGAUAAAGAAAUGAAAAGGCAAGCUUUGAUGAAUUUGCUUGAAGUUGUAGCUGAAGAUGAGAAGUAUGUGAAACUAGUUGCUGUUGAAGUCAACGAGAUUGUGAAUAUCUUGGUAAAUUUUCUUGAUUCUUUGGAUAUGGAAAUCCAAGAAAAGGCUACAAGGGUGGUUUAUGUGAUUUCUGGGGUUGAUUCAUAUAAGAACGUGUUGAUUGGGACUGGAGUUAUUGGUCCUUUGAUUCGAGUUCUUGAAAACGGGAAUGAUUUUGGUAAAGAAUUUGCUGCGAGAAGUUUGCAAAAAUUGACAGAGAAUUCUGAUAAUGCAUGGUCAGUUUCAGCUCAUGGUGGUGUCACGGCGCUAUUGAAAAUAUGCUCUGGUGUUGAAUACAGAGGAGAAGUCAUUGGUCCUGCUUGUGGGGUGUUGAGAAAUCUUGUUGGUGUGGAAGAAAUAAAGAGGUUUAUGGUUGAAGAAGGGGCAAUUUCCUUGUUUCUCAAUCUGGCGAGAUCCAAAGAUGAAGUUGUUCAGAUAAAUUCAAUCGAGUUUAUUCAAAGUAUAAGUUAUGAUGAUGACUCACUUAGGCAACUGGUGAUUAGAGAAGGUGGAAUUCGUUCACUGAUGCAAGUUUUGGAUCCCAAGUCAUCUUUCUCUUCAAAAACAAGGGAAACAGCACUGAGAGCCAUUGAGAAAUUGUGUUUUUGUUCAUUGGAUUCUGUAAACAUUUUGAGGAAUUACGGGUUUAUGGAAGUACUGCUGUACUUUCUUCAAAAGGGCGAUGUUUCAAUUCAAGAAUUGGCAUUACAGGUGGCUUUUAGGCUAUGUGGCACUUCGGAGGAGACCAAAAAGGCAAUGGGGGAUGCUGGUUUCAUGGCUGAGUUUGUUAGAUUACUUGAUGCAAAAUCAUUUGAAGUACGCAAAAUGGCAAUUCAAGCACUCUCUAGCAUGGUUUCCAUCCCAAAAAAUCGAAAAAGAUUUGUUCAAGAUGAUCAAAAUAUCGGGCUCCUCCUGCAAUUGCUUGACCAGGAAGAUGAAAGUUCAGGUAACAAAAAGUUCUUGCUGUCUAUAUUAAUGUCAUUGACAAGCUGCAAUAGUGCAAGAAGAAAAAUUGCGACUUCGGGGUAUCUUAAAAACAUAGAAAAACUUGCACAAGCAGAAGUUUUUGAAGCUAAACGACUUGUCAGGAAAUUGUCUACUAAUAGAUUCCGCAGUAUGCUAAGUGGAAUCUGGCAUAGUUAAAUUCAAUCUCUGCCUAAUGUUUAUCUAAUGUAAGUGUUAUCCCAGUUCUAUUUACCCCAUCUCAAAACAUGUUUUUCUUUCUCUUUUCUUUAAUUUUUCUUCUUUGUGCAAACAGCUUUAGAACAGCUUUUUGUUUAACAGUUGUUUAACACCAGAGAAUGCAAUUACAGUCAUUUAAGUUUGACAUUA